AUGGGGACAACAUCUGGUCUUUUGACACCCAGAGGGAACUAUCUCGGUGAGGUCAUCCACAAGGAGAGCAUGCCCGACGACGUUCGCGUGGACAAGCUCCGUGCGAUGCGCUUUGGCCCUGGCGAAUACCUUUACGUCCUGAGUGCGCGCGGCUCCUACAGUCGUGUCUUCGCUAUUAGCGGCAACGAGCAGCGACCCGGACCACCCCUACGAUAUGCUCUUCCACCCGGAGACGAACGACCUGUACGUGAGCAACCCAGAACAGCGUGUCCGUCACGCGGUACACGUACAAGCCCGGCAAGGACGGCAAGCCAGCCUGGGAGCCCGCGGCAAACGCCAAGGCCGCCCUGCCCGCGAGAGGCGGGCGGCGCUGGCCGGCAGCAACUGCAGGUGGAGCCGGCCGUCAACGCGGACAACGUCGUGGGAGGACCGGUCGCACACGGCGGCGUUGAAGAGGACAACCCCGAGGUCGAUGUGCCAGACAAGAUCCCCGAGAACGCCGGCCUGCUUGUCUCCGCUGCCGAGCAGCCCUGGUCGACGGCAGCGCUCCGCCGGAUCUUUACGAUGGACAACACCACCACCAUGUCCUACUACCUCCUCGUCUGCGAUAUUGUCACGAACGUGGUGCAUGUCUUCGACCCCGACAGUGGGAAGCGCCUUUUCGGGCUGUGGGUGCCAUCGCCGGUGCAGGUCUUGUUCCUGGACGUUUCUAUGAAGAAAAGGUCAUCGCAGACGGCGGGCGGCGCAAAGGUGAUCCAGGUCGAGCAGCCGUACAUCUUUGUGUCGAGCAAGGAGGACGCCAUGACGUACAUGGUGCGCUUCUCCUCGCGCAGCACCACAAAGGACCAGGACAAACACAGACGGGCGUCUCAUGACGAGUCGUACGCCCCCACGCAUCCGGAUGGUGCCCAUCACGGCCCACGCCCCUUCACGCCAGCAGCGGCAUUUACGAGAACCCCGCGCGCGAUAUCAUCUUGA